AUCCAAACGACGACGCGGGAACGUUCCGUCGGACCUGUGGCGACGUCGAUGCAUCGAGGGUUUUCCGCAACUGAAGCCCGGUGAAGCGACAGUCGCAAGAGCAAUCGAACUUCCUCUACAUAAACUUCUGUCCCUGAAUCAGAACACAGCGCCAGCAGGGGGGCGAGCGAACUUGAAUGUCUUGACUUGGUUUACACCUUCACCGGAGGUCAUUCUGGAUGCCCAACGUUACAACUGCAAAUCUAGUUAUAGCUAGCUAUGGGACGUAUGACGCAGGGUCUGAGCUCACCUAAUUACCAUCCGCCCGUUGGGCGCAGCUGAUAACGUCUGAACGGGGCGAUGCCAAAGCAGACGAGUGGCCGGCUUCAGCAUUGGGCGCGGCAGAGUUGGACGUCCUGCCAGGGCGUGUGGCGCAUCGUGAAGCGCCACCCGUUUUCGACUCUGCUUCCCCCGCUGCUGCUGCUGGCGCUGGUCCUUGGGCUUGGGUUGUCGGUCGUUCGGGAGCUCAUCCGGAGCUACGAUGAGUCCACCAAGGCCCGCAUCCGUAGCUUGGCGUACGAGACUGUCACAUGGUACAAGCAGCAGCUGGUGAUGAUCGUGCAGCCGGUCAUCCAGCUGACCAACAUGGUCACAUACAAUCCCAACUGGAGUGCGGUGCAGACCAUGUUCUUGGUGCUUGCCCCCACCAUGAUGAACACGACAUCAUCCAUGGAUACGCAUCUGUUGCGACUAGAGCCGGCGGGCGUGGUCCGGCUGGAGUACCCGGCGAAUGCACCAGACCAGGCGCUAGGCAUGGACGUUCUGUCUCCGGCGCAUGCUGAGGAGUCUGCGCUGGCGCUGGCGGCGGCGCGGCGGCACCAGUUGACGCUAAACGGGCCGGUGAACGUGUACGAUGGCGGGUAUGGCAUGAUUGCUCGCACACCUAUCUACAUCUACAACAUUUCCACGGACGAAAGGUUUGGAAAGCCGGAUGUGCCCAAUCCGGCAUGUGGAGCUACCUGCGCCUUCAACGCAACCAAGCGCACAGCGUUCUGGGGCUAUGCGGUCACCUUGUUCAGUGUGAACGAACUGUCAACAAGUCCGGACUCGCCGUUGCGCUUACUGGACUCAUUGGAUUACCGAUAUGAGUUUAAGGCCGUCGGCGCCAGUGACCGACCCUUAGCGCAGAGCGCUGAGCCACCCGUGCACCCGGAGGAGGUCACAGUCAGCCUUUACGACAACGAGUGGGUGCUGCGCGUGUCGUCGUCCGAUGCAUCGAGCGCCGGCCGCUAUGCGGGCCUGCUGGUCGGCAUCGUGGUUCUGGCGGUGGUGCUCGCGUGCAUGUGCUUCGCGCUGCUCGUGUCCAGGAAGCGCAACAAGGAGUUGCUGGAGGCUCUGCUGCCGCGCGAGGUGAUUAAGAGCCUGCGAGAGGAGCAGGCGAGCAAGUCGCUCAAGGACGCUUUCGGUCCGGCCAACAUCCUUUCGGCAGACACGCCAGCGGACCUGCUCAUGCUGCUUCUGGGCCAGCUGCUGGAGGGCAACCUGCCCGAUGUACGGGACGUGGUGUUCAUCCGUACGGCGCUGGCACGCGGCUGCGAUCUGUACGAACCCCUCAACCUGACCAGCCACAUCAACAACGCCAACCUGGACUCGGACGUGGCCCAAGCCCUCAUGCAGCAGCUCGGCGGCGGCAUAGGCGGCUUCACUCAGCCGCGAUACAGCACCAACAGCCGCGUGCGGCGCCGGUUGCAAUCGCUCGUGGCGGGCCGCUCCAAUGCGGACUCCCUGGCGGACUAUGAUCCGGACACCGACACGGAGAGCGUCGCAGGCGGCGGCAUGUUUGCGAGCAUGGUGGUCGGGAACGGCAGCACAGCAAGCGGCAAGCCCCGGGCAUCGGAGGAUACGGGGUCGGCCCCGGCCGGCGAACCGACGGGCGCGUGCGACACGCUCGCGUCUGCGCUGGCGCUGUUGAUGACGCCGCGGCCGGCGGCGUGGGUGAAGCGGGGCGCCGGCGGUGCCGCGGAGAUGGUCUUCGGCCAUUCGAACAGCUCUGCGGCGACAGUCACACCGUCGCUGAUGCCUGCCGGGCUGGGCGCAGGCCGCGUGCCCGUGUCUGUGGCCGCCGUGGCGGCUGCAAACGCGGCUGCGGCGGCGGGUGCCGGCAGCAGCAGCGCACACGGCCGGCACCGCCCAUCCAGCCUGUCGGGCACACACCACUUCCAGCCGCAGCAGCAGGAGAGGGGCACCCCGCAGAGUCUGUGGGAGCGCGCUGCGGCGGCGCUGAUGCCGUCCCACGGCGGUGGUGGCAGUGACAGCGGCGUUGAUCGCGAGCACGGCCGCAGCGACAAGGUACCGGCGCGCGGCGUGUCAGCGGCGCGGCGCGCGAGCGCCUUGGACCCAGGAGCAGGAAGCGCGCAGGGUUUCCUACGCCGACUUGGCAGCUCUUCGCGUCGAUACAGCGUGGAGGUGUCGAGCCAUGCGUCUGCGCUCGGCAGCGCGGCAGCAGCAGCAGCAGCAGCAGCCGCCACCGUAGCAGCCGCGGCUGGCGAUUGUGAGGAUGACAGCUCAGGGCAGCAGCGCUUCAGCGGUGCCGGCGCAGGUGUGGGGGCGGGCGGGAGCACGGCUGGUCCGUCCAGUCCCUUUCUGACGACAAGCCAGGCUGCAAGCCAGCCUCGCAGCAUUGCCCAGCUGCAUGAGGCACUCCUAGCCUUGAACGGGCCAGCAGGUGCUGGCGGCCCUGGCGCCAGCCGGCCAGCCAGCGGGUCCGUUGCCGUGGUCCCAGUGAGGGGAAGGAGCGGCCGGGCCGUGGCUUUCCUUCCUGCUGGCAGCGGAGCUGCUGCUGGCGCAGGUUCAGGAGGAGCCGCAGGAGGAGGCGUAAAUGGAGGCGUGCCGCUGACGGGAGGCCAGGUGCGCGUCACCAUCGCUCCCGGUAGCGGCCCCGCCAGCGCCGCCAGUCCCCUGGCUGGCGGAACCGCAGGCGCUGGCGGGAGUGCUGGUGCAAGAGGAGGCGAGCCAGUGUCUCCAACCACAUGCAAACUGUCCACCGUGACGCGCAUGCAGCCGGCGGCGGUGACCUUUGCCGAGAUGCGUGCCGGCGUGGUCAGCGGCACAGUGGAGGACGGGGGGCUCAUCUCAGGGACGCUGGCGAGGGGCGAUGAGGGCCCCACUACGCAGACCAGCGAUACGGACAUAGGCACGGACAUGGGGUCGCUGUUGGAGAUGGGCGCUGAUGGCGCGAUGGACUUGAGUGAGAUCGCGACGGUGGUGCGUGGGGCGCCUGCAGAGCUGCGUGCGUCAAGCCGCCUGGCACGGCUGCAGCUAUCGCAGCAGCAGAUGCUACAGCAGCUGCCGCUACCGCCGUUGCAGCAGCUGCCGCAGCGCCCCCAGUCGCUGCAGCUGGGUGCGCAGUCGGCCGCCAGCAGAGCUCGCCAGCUGCAAGACGACGGCCUGACAGCUACGGAGCUGCCGAUGCCGCCUAUGGCGCGGCUGCCGCUGGUGCAGCCGGCGCCGCCGCCCCAGCAGGCGCAGCGGCGUGUGUCCGGGGUGCUGAGCCUGCUGACGCGGCGUGUGACGGGCAGUGUCGGCAGCCCGCUCCAGAGUCCGGUCGCAGUCCCGGGGGCCAGCACCGGCGCAAGUGCGCCGGAAGCGGCGGCGGCAGCCUCUGCAGGUGGCAGCACUGGCCCCAGCGCAGGCGGCGCGGGUGCCGGUGGAGCUCCUGGGGCCGUGGCCGUUGGGCCUAACCACAACAGCUUCUCGGGCAGCCUCCGGGGCAUCAUGCUGAAUCGCUCGGCCUCUGGCCGGGCCGCGGCGUCCAGCGGUGUGGUGCUGCUGAGCGCCGACGGCACGGGGCCGCUGGCACACCAGCCGCAGAGCCGACUAGGUGCCCAGGAGAAGGAAAAGGAGAAAGAAAAAAGCGGCUUCCUUUCUAAGCUGGGCAGCGGCCGACACAUGACCUGGGGCUCGACUGGGGUUCAUGUCGGCGGCGGAGCGGGCAGCAGCGGACUUGUGGUCGCGGCCAAUGGCAGCAGCUCGGAUGCCUUCAAGGUGGCGUCGUCACAGGCGUUCGCCCAAGCACAGGCGCAGGCUCUCGCGUAUGCCAGGCAGAGCAUGCCGCCGGCGCUGACCGUCAUACAGGAGGUCGAACGACUGCUCGCAAAGUCAGACAGUUGGGAGUUUGACACGUGGGCGCUGCAGGAGGCGACGCAGGGCCACGCGCUCUCGGUGCUGGGCUUUUACCUCAUGCAGCGCGCCGGGCUGGUCAGCAGGUUCAAACUGAGUGCGCCACAGCUGGCUCGGCUGCUGCGUGCGAUCGAGAGUGGAUACGUGGACAACCCCUACCACAGCGCCAUCCACGCCGCGGACGUGCUUCAGACCAUGCACGUGAUCAUCCACGCCGCGCAGCUGCACGUGCACUACCUGGACGCGCUGGGGCUGCUGGCGUCCUACUACGCGGCGAUUGUGCACGAUUUCGCACACCCCGGCCUCACCGGUGACUUCCUCAUCGCCUCCUCCGACCCCCUGGCCAUCCGCUACAACGACCGCUCGCCGCUGGAAAACCACCACUGCGCUGCGUCGUUUGGGCUGCUGCGACGACGGGAGCUCGACGCGCUCGCGCCGCUGUCGCAGUCUGAGCGCAACGCGUUCCGCAAGCAGGUCAUUGAGCUGGUGCUAGCCACGGACAUGAAGCAGCACUUCUCCAUCCUGUCGCACUUCAACACCGUGCACCGGCUUGCUGCCUACAGCGGACAGCAGCAGGCAGCUGCGUCCUCAAGCGGACCAAAUGCAGUUGCGAAGAGGAAGCCCCCGCGCCGGACAGUAUCGCGAGCGCUCAGCACGCUGCCAAGUGACGACCACACGGCGGCUGCGGCGUUCAUGGACACGUGGACAGAGUACCCGGCGCCCCGUCCCGUGGACGACACUGAGCGGUUGCUGAGCCUUCAGCUUGCGCUCAAGUGCGCGGACGUUGGUCACCUGGGCGAGUCGCUCGAGGUGCACAAGAAGUGGCUGUCCAACUUGGAGGAGGAGUUCUUCCGCCAGGGUGACAAGGAGCGGGAGCUGGGAAUCCCCAUAAGCCCGCUGUUCGACCGCAGCAAGCAGGGUGUGAGCAAGAGCCAAGUGGGUUUCUACGACUUCGUAGCGCUGCCGCUGGUGCACGCGCUGUCAAGCGCAUUCCCCGGAUCCAAGCCGCUCAUGAGGUGCUUCUUGCGCAACUACAACCACUGGCGCGUCAGCGAGGGGCAGCCGCCAGUGGAGAUCCAGGGCUGUGGCUUGGCGGCCGUGCGGGGUGGCAGUCAAGAUCAGACCCGCGGCGAGUCGCGCAACGGCACCGGCACGGGCAUGCAAGGGCUGCUGCUCAGCGUCCCUGACGACCUGGAUUCUAGCGCGGCGGAUAUCGUGCCACCUUUGGCCGAUGAUAACAAGAUGAGCGGAAGCGACCUAACGUAGUGUGUAGUAGCGAGAGGCUGCCGUGUGUCGCGUGAAGGCCUUUUUAUGUUGAGCGCCUUGCCGGAGUGGUGAGUACGAGCAUGAACCAAUAAGACAACUGCGGCAACUAGCUGCCCUGCACAGACUUUUAGGUAUGGCGACGGUGACGUGCGUACCGCACCUGCAUCGUGCGGUCACUUCCAUUGGUGGCACGGAAAGGGAAGGGCUGGAAGUGCACGCACUUAGAGCAUCAUGCAAGGCGGCGUCUUGCAAGUUGACACGCAUCAAGUUGGCCUUCAGCUUGUACAGCUGCUGAAACGCCGCUGACGAAAGUAAAACACGACGAACCGUUCUCUGCCGGUGCUGCUAUGCUUAAUAGCAUAGCUGGUGCAUGCUCGCGGCAACUCGGCCUCCGGGCCGAUCAUGCUCAUGGCAGUAUUGUCUACAUGCGUGCUGCUGGCAUGCAUGGUGUAAGGCAUGGGCGUACGGUGCGGAGUUGAACUCAAGGAACCUCUGAGUCGGGCCGAGACGACGCAUGUCUGUUUGCAUGACUAUAAGGGUUGCAUGGCCCAGAUAGGCCAGUCGCGGCAUCAGUUCUGUGUUGGUAUGGUCAUGAGGGCUGGUAGUCUUUGAGGUUUCAGUUUUUAUUUCUUGAGGGUAAAUGCGAACCGCGAGCCGCAUAUACUGCAUAAACCAAUUGUUUGACAUAGCAGUACAGAGAAGCAGUGGCAGUAGGGAUCCGCUCGCAAGAUUCGGUGGGUGCUGUGGCCAGCAGCGCUAGCCUGUAGUGUGUGUCUACUGUGUCUUGGGCGAGCAUUUGCAACUACUGUAUUGGCGUUCGGAGCAGGGUGCUUUCGUGAAUUCAUGGGUGAUACUUGGUGGUUAAUGCCGCGGCUUGGGUGUCUAGUCGAGGAGUGUAGGCAAACGCAAAUCAAACGCUUGGGCGGUUGAUUUGUAUGCGGCUUGGACGGUUGGUUCAUAUGCGGUAUUCUCGGCAUGCUGCCUGCUGAUUUGCAGCGGAUGUGUGCCUUUAUUAAACGACAGACCUGGGGGGAGGUUUGAGGUCUGUCCGUCUGUGCUCACGGUCUGUGCUCGGCCUGCCAGGCCUCGAACGGACACUCUCCUGUUGCAUUUAUCAGCGCGCGAGCAAUGUUUGCAUGGUAUCAAGGCCAGGCCUGGCCAGGCCUGAGAAGCAGGUGUCCUGUACGUGCGGCUCGACUGGAAACUUCGUGUCCAGUCUGACCCAGUGUAAUGGAGCAGGCGC